AUGGCUCCCCAGCACGUCGCAAAGCCCACCUUCUUUCUUUCGGAUCUCAGCACGACGCGCAAUGGCCACAUUGUGCUGGGCAAUAUCUUCAACGGCCCGUUCCAGGUAGAAGACAAAGUCGCCGGCCCGCUGUCCAAAGUCAAGCCGGGAGACAUUCCCGCUAGCGCGACACAAUCCGUGACAGAGACAGGUCUCUACCUCCGCGAGACGCACGCCUCGUCCUGGGGCGCCAAUCUCCUGGCCAAGUUCCUUUCCGUGCUGCACCUCUCCGUCGGCACCGACCACGGGCGAGAUCUAGAGGUCGUCUAUGAAGUUGACCAUCUCGAGACCGUCACGCUCUCGGGCGUAGGAUCGUACAUUCGCCAGCGCAUUGCGCGCCCGAGCGAGGCGGCCCUGCAGAAGGAACUCAUGGGCUUCGGUCCCUCAGUGUACAUGAUCACGGGCAUAAAAUACGCCACGGGCCUGAAGGUCUGGACCGUCGCCGGGAACUCGACGGAGGGCGGCGCCGGGCUCGGCGGGGCCCUCUCGCCCGACGCAUCCGCAUCCGCGUCCGGUGGCGUGCACGGGUCGAGCGCCGCGUCGCGGAUGCUGCAGCGGAGCGUCCCGGGCGAGAUCGUGCUCGCGUACCAGCUGACCAAGAUCACGCCGAAAAACAUCAAAACGGUCGGUGCGACAUUUCUGUCAGAUGGCGGCGGUAACACGCCGACAAUCCACGUGGAAGUCGAGGGCGGAUUGGGGCUUCGGGGGAUAUGUGAGGCGGCGGUCGAAGUGGGUCUAGAGCCUGACUCGGACUUUGGUGUCAAUUCCGUCAGGGCGGAGAAUGGGAAACACGCACACGAUUACUCGCGUGUCGUUCUUUUGGAGGAAGAUGAUUGA